AUGCUUGGCAAAGUUAUUAUUAUCUUGGUUACCUUCUUGCUUCGAGACACGUUUGGAGGAAUCGCAGUAACCUUUCAAAUAUCAAACAUUCUUACCAUUUCUUACAUCAAGAAUAAUCCGAAUUUUUUUAAUUAUUGUGACAAACAGUUGAAUGAUAUAGUGCAAGGUUAUGCUCUAAGAAAGUUAGCCUAUGGAGCAUUAAAAUUGUCAGCAAAUGAUGAUCCACCCACCUUCUUUUCUGACAUAAAUGGCAUAGGUAGACUUGUUAUUGCUAAUCCCUAUGAUCCUGAUUACCAUAAUAAAGAAAAUCUGACCAAAAAUACAGAACAAUGUGAUGAUGCCAAGCACAAUCCUUAUAAUGUCUUCCCUCAGAUCCAUCUUUACAUCAAUGGAAAAAUGUUUAGUAAGCAAGAACAGACUGACCUUGGUCAGUUUAUCCUAUAUGGAGGCCAUCAGUCAGAUCCUUCUAAAUUAUCUAAAGAUGGUCAUGGAAAAAUCACACCUUCUGGAUAG